CUGCUUCAGGGGAGCGGCUUUCCGUAGAGCUGGUCUCCAGGAGUUGCCAGGCGUAAAGAUGGCGGCCUCCGUACGGACUCUUUCAGCGGCAGCAGGUCUGUCUUUCCACGGCUUGGGUGGGGAGCUCCAAGGAUGGGACCCGCUGGCAGGAACACACGCCAUGCACGGGACAGGGUGACUUUUGUGGUGAAGGUGUGAAGAAGGCACCCGAAGUGGAGGAGCCGCUUUGGAUGGCAUGCCCGGAAUUGCUCCUCCUUGUCGGUGCCGGUGCUCAGAGGGUAGACUGCUCCUGACCAUGGAGGUUCCACUUAGCCCCUCCAACAACGAAUAGCUGCAGAUAGACCAAUAAUCUGUACAGUUGUCUAAGACGAUCUGGCUUGCUGGAUGAAGCCCUGUUUGGGGUCAUCUUCUCAUCCAGCCUUGUCUUUCCAACAACUGGUGUGACGCUGCACAUUAGCACGGCAUGAGAGUGAUAGCCAACUGCCACCGUCUGUCCGCAGCAUGCGAUGCUUAACGGGAUAAUACUUCUGAACAUGGAGAGGGGUCUACUUAACUGUGUGGCUUACAGCUGCUGAUGGAUCUCUCUGCUGAACUGGGUGCAAUCUGAAUGCAGCGCUUAAUACGAGGGCUUCUCACCAGGUUGCCAAACCCAACGCGAACCAUACGGACACUGUCUGCUUCCUGUUCCUUGACCCAGAAGGCUCCACGGUCUUUGUGGAAACUGGGGCGCCUGAACCACGUGGCCAUUGCAGUGCCCGAUCUGGAGAAAGCCAAGUCUUUGUACAAGGAUGUGUUUGGCGCUCAGGUGAGCGAGACGAUCCCUCUUCCUGAGCACGGCGUCUACACAGUGUUUGUGGAGCUCGGGAACACCAAGCUGGAGCUGCUGCACCCCCUUGGUGAGAAAAGCCCCAUCACUGGCUUCUUGAAGAAGAACAAAGAUGGAGGGAUGCACCAUAUCUGCAUUGAGGUGGACAGUAUUACAGAUGCCAUCGCUGACCUGAAGGAGCAGAAAAUCCGUGUGUUGAGUGAAGAGGCCAAAAUAGGUGCCCAUGGGAAACCGGUGGUUUUCCUCCAUCCAAAAGACUGUGACGGAGUCCUGGUGGAGCUUGAGGAAGCCUGAGCCGAGAUCCUAAUACCUGGAACUGUACAUUUAUAACCACGUGAUGGGGAACACGGUACAAAUCCUGGGGUGCAUUUUCUGUGCUUAAAAAUGGCUAGAUCUCCUUUUUAUUGAUUUCUUAAGAGCAUCACAAUGAGUUUUCCUUGAGAAGGAAAAUUAAAAAUUGAAUGACUGAUUUUUCUUCUUCUUCAUUUGGAGAGGUGCCUUCUGUUGAGUGAACCCACCAAGAUAAUUUUUCUUCCUGGUCGGUUUCAUUUCCUUCAGUCCUUUGGACUGCACAAUUGCACAGCAAGCUGUGUGCAAAGGUUUUGUUCCCCCCCUGCCCCGGUUGCCUCACAACUCCUGGGCAUAAUUUUGCAUUCCAUUUGGUAGAUUUCUAGGUCAUCCUCCAUCAUUUUGCUCUAUAUUUGUGAGCGAGAAAGGAGGCGAAGGAGAGGAGUCGGCUUUUCAAUAAUCACUCUAGUAUUCCCUUAAGAAAUCAGCCGGCAAGGAAUCAUCCUAUUUUCUGUAUUUGCCAUUCCAAGGACUGGCAUCAUGUUGAUUGGUUCACUCAAUAAUAAGAUCCUUGUGUUGUCGUAGGGGUGUCCGUGAUUGCUAAGCAACCCUCCUCUACCGUUGACAAUUGCUGCCAAUCUGUAAAACCCCAUGGUUGUACUGCUGCCCAGGAUAUACAAAUGUGCCAAAAAAAGGGGGGGGGGGUCUGGAGGAAUCCUGCUAAUAUGUGUUACGCUUGUUUUAAAUUAUUGUUGAUUUAUCUUGAGGUUUUUGUUUCUUCUGCCUAAUUUAACAAAUAGUGACUGAUGAGAAGAAACACUUUCCUACAUCAAAACAAGGUGUCCUGCUUAAUGUAUGAAAUGGCAAAGAUUUCUCAGUAACAAAUGCUUGCCCUACUGAUCUUCGAGUCCCUUUGGCUGGUGUCUGUACUACGGUCUUCCACUUGCUUUAACAGGUGUUCACUGAAACCCAGACAGUACUACUCAAGAAUUACUCUAAAGGACUAUUUAAUUUCAGUAGCACUGUCCAGGUGUAGUUUUCUCUGGAUGUCAGCCACUCUUUCUUUCCAUGGAACAUCCCUGGGAUUUUAUUCUCAUUUCUUAAUUUAAGGAGCCAAGUGUCUAGCCCUCAUGAAGUAAAUUUUGAAAAGGUCACCACAAAAACAUUUUUAUGGACCAGAAAUAUAUGCGGUGGUCACCCAGUUUAAACACACUUAAUGCAGGGAUUCUCAAACUUGGGUCUGUAGAUAGUGUUGGACUACAACCCCGUCUUCCCCAGCCUUGAGCCAUUGUGGCUGGGGAUGAUGGGAGUUGUAGUCAACAACACCUGGGGACCCCAGUUUGAGAACCCCUGCACUGAAUUCUUAACACCUUUUGAGCUUCAUUCAAAGAGCUCCCAAAGUUCCCUGGGAAGAGGAAAUAUCUUGACCAAACUACAAUUUUCAGCACUCCUUGUGGGGGAGGCUUUAACUAUUAAACCACUACCAAACUGGUAAUUUUUUAGUCUAUAUGUGUACCCAUAGGAUCUCGGGACACAUUCCAGCUGAGAAGUUCUCCAAAAUCCCAUUGAACUGUCAUGCUCUUAUAUGCAUCUCCUGUUCAUCUUAAUGGGGAGUGUGCAAUAUAUCAUAUCCUUUAUCUUUACGUACUUAUUUUAAGAACAAGCAUCCUUUUUGAAUUCUAGUCCCUUGGAAUAUCACAUUUAGUAUACUUCAAGCCCUCCUGGGAACACUUUACUCUCUUUAUAAUAGCAUCCACUUGUAUGAAAUGGAAAUUUAAGUAGGUUUAUUAUGUGUUUUCUGUUUGUACAACCCAGCAAGUGUCUUACUGAGCUGUGAGUCAGAUAUAAUCAGUCCUUUGAUGACUUUGAAAGCUUAUGCCCUGAGAGGGAAAAACCCAGCUCAAAACUUGACCAUUAUUUUGCAUGGAUUGAACUGUGUAUUAGUGGUGAUUAGUUUUGUACAAAUACAAAGGUUAUCUUCCUUAUGAAAGAAAGCUAUAUGAAUUAAGAGAAAUUAAUGUUCAA